GAAGGAGAAGAGCCACCAGACCGAGUUGGGUGAUCCGUGACGACGAAACUCAUAACUGGCAUCACGCACUGGAAAGACACAAAGCUGGGAGGAAGCCACGUUCAGCACGUCCCGUCAUCCACGCCGCUGCGCGCAGGACACGAUGAGCGCGUUUGGACGGUUUGGACACUUUGGAUCGUGUGGACAGCAGCGCGCGGUCCAGACCAGGAUUUAGUGGAGAAGUUGGGAUUUCACAGCAGCAGCGGAGCCGGUCAGAGGUUCUCUCCGUGAGGUCGUGAGGAGGAUUUCUGACUUUUUUUCCCCCCACCAAACUGAUUUCGAGCGUUCGGAUGUCAGGAUUUAAAGUGUGGAUUUUUGUGAAGUUUACAGAAGAAUAAAUCCUGGUUUUCCCCGUGAUUAAAGCUUGGUGACAUCUGGAAUCUGAAAGCUGCUUUACUGUCAAAACGGAAUCUUUGGGGUCAGCGGUGGGGAGUUUUGGGACGGUUUCUUGCGGCAUCUGUGGCCGCCGUUCUGCCGGACAGCAUGCAGAUGGAGGAUGUUGCGUGAGUUAGAGUCGGGCCUGGCUGCUCUGCGUCUCAACUCUUCGUCCAGAGGAAUGACGGCUGUGUGGUGGCUUUCUCUCCUCCUGCCUCUCUGUGUCGCUCCGGCCAGGCUGCCCUCUGCUCAGCCCACAGACUCUGUGUCCAGCGAGACAGCCUUUCUGGAGAACUAUGUCCUGGGCAUGGGGGACACCCUGGAUAUCUCAUGUGACCUGGAGGACUCCUCAGAGCCCAUCGUCUGGUUCAAAGAUGGCGCCAGACUUGUGCCAAGCAACCGAACGCGACUGGGCCAGAGGUUGCUGCGCAUCAUCAACGUGUCGUACGAGGACUCCGGAGUCUACUCGUGUCGGCUCGCUCGGAGCAACACACUGCUCAGCAACUACACCAUCAGGGUGACAGAUUCUCUGUCAUCUGGUGAUGAUGAAGACUAUGAUGAAGAUCCAGAAGAUGCAGGUAAUGGAAAUGAACCUCCACAUUGGUCCAAGCCUGAACGGAUGGACAAGAAGCUUUUGGCUGUCCCUGCAGCCAACACCGUCAAGUUCCGCUGUGCUGCGGCCGGAAACCCAACACCGACCAUCCACUGGCUGAAAAAUGGCAAAGAGUUCACAGGCGAGCAGAGGAUGGGAGGAAUCAAGCUGAGACACCAGCAGUGGAGCUUAGUGAUGGAAAGCGCCGUGCCGUCAGACCGGGGAAACUACACCUGUGUGGUGCAGAAUAAGUACGGCACCAUCAGCCACACCUACCAGCUGGACGUUUUAGAGCGUUCCCCCCACAGGCCCAUCCUCCAGGCAGGCCUACCAGCCAACCAGACGGUGGUCGUGGGCAGCAACGUGGAGUUCCACUGCAAGGUUUACAGCGAUGCCCAGCCGCACAUCCAGUGGCUCAAACACAUCGAGGUGAACGGCAGCCGCUACGGCUCGGACGGCGUUCCCUACGUCAGCGUCCUGAAGACUGCUGGUAUUAACACCACAGAUAAGGAGCUAGAGGUUCUCUUCUUGACCAAUGUGUCUUUUGAGGAUGCGGGCGAGUACACAUGUCUGGCAGGGAACUCUAUCGGCUUUACUUAUCAUUCUGCUUGGCUGACUGUGCUUCCAGCAGUAAACCCACAAAAGGAAGACUACUAUGCAGAAAUCCUCAUCUAUGUGACUGGAUGUGUGAUCUUCAUCUUCACCGUGGUUAUCAUCUUCCUCUGUCGCACAAGGAUGACCACACAGAAGACUCUGCCAACACCUCCAGUGCAAAAACUGUCAAAGUUUCCCCUCAAGAGACAGCAGGUUUCCUUAGAUUCCAACUCCUCCAUGAACUCCAACACACCGCUGGUCCGGAUUGCUCGCCUGUCGUCCAGCGAUGGGCCGAUGCUCGCCAACGUGUUGGAGCUGGAGCUGCCCUCCGACCCUAAAUGGGAGUUUCCACGCACACGGCUAACUCUGGGUAAGCCUCUUGGAGAGGGUUGCUUCGGUCAGGUGGUCAUGGCAGAGGCGGUGGGCAUCGACAAAGAGAAGCCCAACAAGCCACUCACUGUUGCUGUGAAGAUGCUGAAAGAUGAUGCAACAGAUAAAGAUUUGUCAGACCUGGUGUCAGAAAUGGAGAUGAUGAAGAUGAUCGGCAAGCACAAAAACAUCAUCAACUUGCUGGGAGCUUGCACGCAGGACGGUCCUUUGUACGUCUUGGUGGAAUAUGCCUCAAAAGGCAACUUAAGGGAGUAUCUGCGGGCGCGGAGGCCACCAGGCAUGGACUACUCCUUUGAUACCUGCAAAAUCCCAGAUGAGCAGCUCACUUUCAAAGACCUGGUGUCCUGUGCCUAUCAGGUGGCCCGAGGCAUGGAGUACCUUGCCUCACAGAAGUGUAUCCACAGAGACCUGGCAGCCAGAAACGUCCUCGUGACAGAAGACAACGUGAUGAAAAUCGCCGACUUUGGUCUGGCCAGAGAUGUGCACAACAUAGACUACUACAAAAAGACCACAAAUGGUCGUCUGCCCGUGAAAUGGAUGGCUCCGGAGGCUCUGUUCGACCGGGUCUACACGCACCAGAGCGAUGUGUGGUCUUAUGGAGUUUUGCUUUGGGAGAUAUUCACCCUGGGAGGCUCGCCGUACCCAGGAAUCCCAGUAGAAGAACUUUUUAAACUGUUGAAAGAGGGACAUCGGAUGGACAAACCUGCCAACUGCACACAUGAACUGUACAUGAUCAUGAGGGAGUGCUGGCAUGCGGUGCCGUCACAGAGGCCGACAUUCAGACAGCUGGUAGAAGAUCACGACCGAGUUUUAUCUAUGACCUCCACAGACGAGUACCUGGACCUGUCGGUGCCCUUCGAACAGUACUCCCCCACCUGUCAAGACUCCAACAGCACCUGCUCAUCGGGAGAUGACUCGGUGUUCGCCCACGACCCCCUGCCUGACGAGCCCUGUCUUACCAAACAGCUCCCUAGCAAUGGGGUGAUUAGGACAUAAAACCUGAGCUCAGAGAGGUUGGACGUUAACCCUCUUCUCACAGUUUGUGACACAUAAUCACCUCUCUGUGACUCCAGCUCCUGAAGACAUGGAAAUAAAAUCUCAGCAUGCAAUACUUCCACAGCUCUUCAGCUCGUCUUAAAACUCUCGGUCGACAUUCUCUGUGAACGAGUUUUUCUUUCCUCAUCCUCGUCCCCAAGACACUCUUUCAACAUUGAAGGAUUAUUUUUUAGCUGUCGAACCGUGUUUGUGUUCUUCUUUUCAGAAAUGAAAUUAUAUUUUUGUACUCGGGCCAGUCUUUUGUUACAAACUGUCUGUGGGGGGAAACCAUUCCGUGCCUACUGGAAUUAAACCUCCUGAGACUGAAGUAAAGAGGAUCUAAGAGGAGUGGGAAUGAAAGGUAUUGACUGGUUAGCCAUGCAGAUGGUGAGGUUUUUAUCCUCUUGUGUUCACGGAGUCCAACAAAGUUUGCAAUCUGAAAGCGAAUCCGUGAAAGAAGAUAACAGCAGAGCCAGAAUCAACUUAAUGAUGGGAGUCAUCAGAAAUGGAUCACAUGAACAUAUGACUGUUUAGUCAUCAACAUGUCCGCCAUCACCGCAACAGUCUAUUGAUAGUCACCGAACAAAAUCCUCAAAGUUUUAGGGCCAUUCAGUGACGUGAGCAUUGAGGUUCAGAGGGCUUUUUAUAGUAUAUAUACAUAUAUAUCUAAAAAAGUGAUUUAUUGUAAAUAUAGAAAUGCAAAUAUGUAUGAUAUUGCUGUCCACAUGUACUUAAAAGACAAAAAAAUGACAUUUUUAAGAUUUUAUUUGAGGAUGGAGGACAUCGUAAUGAGCGUGUAAAACAUUUAAUCAUUUAAAGUGAUACAGAAAAGGUUUAUUUGAAUAAUUAACAUGUAUAUUUGUAAAGGUAUUUAUAGACUUAAUAUGUGGUUGUUAAGUUUAAAAGGUGUAGUUUAGGUUUUAGUACUGUACACAAAGAUUUUUAUUUCAGCGUUUUUAUAACUUAUUUUACAGCAGAACUGCGAUGUUAUCGUCACAACUGGCAGACUCUUCCAGGUUUGAUCCAUCUUUUUAUUGAUUUCUUUGAAAGAGAAAAAAAGAAUGUAAAACAGAGAGGAUUUUUUUUUUUUUUUUGUAAAAGAGUGAUGUGACUGGCAGAGGAGGAUUUGUGAACCGAAGAUUUCGGAUGUUUCCGCGGAGUUCCAGUUCUGGUUUGAAAAGUUGAUGUUUGCAAUAUGAAAGCAGCGAUUAACUCUUGCUGGGCAAGAAAUAGCAGCACUUCAACAUGCAACACAGAGAAAAAUCUGUUUUAUGUAAUUACAUCAGUGAUUAGCCGUGAACCAUGCAAAGCCUCAGAACUUGGUCAGCUUUUUAGAGGAAAAAAAAAAUCUAUUUACAGUUUUUUGUUGGACUGUUUAACUUGAUUUGUUGUUAUACGUUAACUCUAGUACAUUUGUAAGGAAAAAAAAACAUUUUUACAGCCUCUCUGAACAAAACUGGCUGUGAAAAUCAAGAAAAUCCACUCAAUUUUUCUGUGAACUUUAAAACAAAAAAGACAUUCAGGAAAAACUACAAUUCCCAGCAGGCUUUGCAGCAAAUAUCAGGAAGAAUAACUCUCAUAAACUGUUUUAACAGCAGGAGAGCAAUCUAAAGUAUGCUGCAUUUCAUACCCCAGAUUAAUUGAGUUUUUGCUGUGAAGCAUGAUGGGAGUUUGAGUUUAGUUUGAGGCAAGCUACAGUUUUCUGUGCCUCUUAAAAGAUACAGGAUAAAUAAGUACUCACUGCUUAAUUCCAACCAAUAUCUGAGUACAGAAAAUAAAAGAAAAGAGUAAUCUGCAGGUGUUCUUUAGUUUUUGUUGUUUUUUUUUUUUUUCCUCUUAAAAGUGACUGAAGGCUUCUGUCAGCGAUCUCUAAGUUCACAGGAUGGAUGCUAACAUGAGUCAAAAUGUCCUCGAGACACUGAUCACUUUAGCUGUUAGGUCCUUUUCUACUACAAAAAAUCUUCCAUGAUGCUUGAGAUUUUAUCGCUGCUCUUUAGUAUUAUUACUGAAAUGAAGGCAUGCUGUGUGACUCCGAUCAUACAGCAAAAUAAUAAACAAAUACACAAUAUCUGUUUUGGAGACUCUAAAGUCUGCAGUGGGUCCUUCUUCAAACUUGUUUUGUUGUGCCAAAUUAGUCUUAAAUUCUUCUUCACCGAAUUCACCAGAUGUCCGAACCAAAUGCUGCACUGUGGAAUGUAAGUGGGCGAAGCUUACAUGUGCAAGGAGAGAUUCUGGGAUCCCCAAUUGGGUGUAUUCAUCUUAUUUUCAAUAUGCAGCCGUCUAUCUAGCUGACCCCCAACAAUAAAGAAAUCAUAAGAGUUUAAAUGUUUACUGUUUUCAGCUAAAUCACAAAAGGGAAAGGACGUUCAUGUGGCAUUGAAGGGUUCAGAAACACAGUUCAGGCGCUGCUAAAUGGAAACGGUGGGAACACGUUACUGUGCAAUGGCCUUAUUCCAGUGUUUGAGCUCAAAUAAUGUUAAGAAAUGAGCUAUAAUUACCCAACAAGUCUGUGUCAGUACUUAAUUAAAUCAUCCCAAUGUUUGAGGUACUAUCUUCUGCUAUAGUGGUAGAUUUUUUUUUAAUUAUUAGCACCAUGUUAUGUACUUUUUCAUAAGUUUAUAUGCAGAGAAAAAGGCCUUUGUAAAGUAAAUUGUCACUCAAUGGUGUUAGUUCUGUUUUCAGUAGAGUUUUGGCCCAAUUCCAUGAAGUGCCUCAAUUAAUUUAGCAAAGAAAAAGAGAUUUGGUACAUUUUGAUCACAUUUUGAAAGUAUAAUUACAAAAAAAAAUUAAAAAUGUAAAAGAAAAAAAAAGUAGUUCUUAUGAGAAACAGGCUAGCGAGUAUUUAGCUUGUUUUGUUAUUAUUGAAUGAACAAAACUGUUAUAAAAAGCACUUCUGUAAAGGAUGGAUGGAUCUAAUGAAACAGAAGGUGUUUUGUUUUAUUUAUUCUUCCAUGCUGGGUAAAAGCUUUCCCUAUGGUGAGAGUAUUUUUAUUCAUAGCAAUCUACUUUUCUGUGUUAAUUCAAGAGCCAGAAGAUGAUAAUUAUGGUGUAGAGUAGUAAUUUUAUUAGAUGCUGAUGCUCCUUAUCAGGUUUUUACUUCUGGAGUAGUUUCUCUCAUAAUUUCUUUCAUUUUAUCUGUAAGCCCUCCCUGGGUUCCUUCUUUUUUUCUGUAUCCUUCAAUGCAUCUGUCUCCGUUAAAUCCGCUUUGAAAUGAAUGUUGUUUUUACCAUGUGGCUUGUUUUCAGCAGUAAAUGUAACAGAUAUUUCCUACGAUUAGGUCAUUUAUUUUAGGUCUUUUUAGUCAAACUGUUUCAAUACUGCAGCAGAAUAAGAUUUAUUUUGUUUGUUUGUUUAAUGAAAUUAAAGCCGUGAUUCCGGAUAAGUUUGAUUAAAUUCCCGUGACAUUUCAUAAAAAUUACAGUACUACUGAAAGGACUAUUUUUGGAUCAUCUCUAAUGCAACACAUCAGGAUCUUCCUGGAAAAGCCGACACGUUACACAAACAGAUGUUAAAAACAACAAACAUAUUCAAGAGUUUUCUUUGCUUUUGAGUGAAUAAGCUCCACAGCCUCAGCAGGGAGGGACCAUAGUUGUGUACAGUCAUGCAUCGACAUCCCACUACCAGCAGUUUCUGCUUUGAACAACUUAUUUAUUCUCCGUUAUGCUCAACCACAAGAUAAUAAGGACUCAAUAUGAGACUGAGAGGAGAAGAGUGUCGUGAUGGAUGCACGCUGUACCUUCCAGAGACAUAAAACUAUAGAUUUUUUUUCUCAUUUCUUUUCUUUGUUUUCCUUUUUUCUACAUUGGAAUGGUUAGUUUACACACAGCUUUCCUUUAUUCAUUCAUCCCAUUCUCAUUUAGUCAGUUUUAACCCAACAAGAACUUAGUUUGGAUUCAUUUUUUUUUUGUUUGAAAUGUGCUUUAAUGUUGCUGUUUUCAUGAGUUGAAUUAAACUGUGUGAAACAUUUAGUCAGAAUGAUAGAGAGGAAAGGAUUUUGUCCUUGUCCUUGUUUCUUGUCCUUUCAUCAUGUUUAUCUUUGCAUUCCAUAUCCAUUUUUGAUAAAAAGAAUAUUCAAAACCAUGUUCAUCCUUUGACUUUCUUUUCUUUUUUUUCUACCAAGAUAAUUUAUUAUUUUCUCUGUCUGUAUUCGUAUGGCUAACAUAGAAAGGUGGAACUAACCAUUUGACAUGACAUUUUUUUUUUGUUUUUUUCCCCAUUUGUAAUUCAUAGCUUUUGUUUGUUGCAAUGUACCUAUUUUGAUCAUGAUGUAACAUUCCACCACAACAACCCCUCUGGGCAGACAUCUCUCCCUGGGGGAAAAAAAAACAAAAAAAAAAACAAUUUCACAAUGUCUCUCUCUCUCUCUCUCUCUCUCUCUCUCUCUCUCUCUCUGUCUGUCUCUCUCUCUGUGCCUGAUAAACUAUGCUGUUGAAAAAGGUUGUCAAUAAACAUGUUGUAAUAGCG